UCUCUUUUCGAUUUCAUUUGAAAUCUUUUUCCUUUUCCCUCUUAAUCAAUUUUACUUUUUGGUUAUUUCUUUUUUUUGCUAAUUGUUGUGUAAAUAAUUAUUCAAUUUUCUUUAAACUUAAUUACUAACGAUUAUCAAUUACGUUACUUUUGAUUUUGUUUUCUUUUAUAUGCCAUUGGUUUAACUUUUUUUUCUCUCUCUGUGUGUAUCUUGGUUUCUCCUUUGUUUCUCUCUCACUUUAUCUUCAUCACUUUUAUCUCGUUCUUUCUUGUGUUGAUUCAUCUUUCUCCUCUGUUCCUCUGAUCCUUUGUUUCUUUUUUUCCCCUUCUUCUAAAUUUACUUGGAAUUAUGUCCAAUAAGAAAUUUUAUCCUUCCCCCAUUGAAAAGAGAGAGGAGAUGCAACGACAAUGGUUAAUUGAAUGGUAUUCAAUUAAUUAUGAUAUUAUGCAGUUUUGUGAUAUUCCUUGUUUACCGCCACUUGAAGGAUUGGUUCAUGCUUUAAAAGAUGAAAAAUCUAUUGAAAAGAGACUAAUUUCUAGACCAUCGAUUGACAGUUCUCCUUCCGUUUCUUGUUCAUCUGAAAGUCAAGGAGGAUCAACAAGUGGUGAUGAGAAAGCUCCUAAACGUAUUCAUGUUAGUAACAUUCCUUUCCGGUUUAGAGAACCUGAUUUAAGGAAACUUUUCGGCAAUUUUGGAACAAUUUUAGAUGUAGAAAUUAUAUUUAAUGAACGUGGCUCCAAAGGCUUCGGAUUUUUAACCUUUGCUCAUGCUGAUGAUGCUUUACGAGCUAAAGCAGAGCUUGAUGGUACCAUGGUUGAGGGAAGGAAAAUUGAAGUUAACGAUGCCACUGUUAAAGGUCAAGCUAAAAAGACUAAAGAUCCUACAUCACCAACCAAGGAAACUGAUUUCUUCUUAUCCAGUGACUUUGAAGUUAUUCCUCCGGAUGUUAGUCGUAAAAUCGCUGGUGGCGAUGGUAAAAAGUUUGUCGACAAUGAGUGUUUUAGCAACCACACAAUCAAUUCUGCUAAAGUUAAACGAAAUCUUAAUAUCAAUCUGGACGAAAUUUAUCCAUUGGAAAAUAAAACCCUGGAUAUUAAUAACAUGAAUAAUCUUGAUUAUGCUGAUGAUCUUUUCUCAAGCAGGCAAGGAUGUUAUCUUGCAGAUAUUUUUGAAAGAUUCUGCAGUACAAGUGAUAAAUCACAAUUACGAGGUAUCUAAAUCUGAUUAAUAACCAUUGAUAUUAAUAUUUAUCAAUUGCUGUAUUAAUUUCAUUUUAAAUUGUCAACCAAUCAACUCUCCGAAGUCAAAAUCAAUUUCCUCCAUCACCUUCUUCAUCAAUUUAAUCCUCUUAAAAUGUUAAAAACCAACCCACUUUGCUAAAGCCAAGGUCAGAUCCAUCAAAUUUAAACACAUCAGAAACCUUAAUUAAUUAAUUGAAUAUUUAACCCUCAUCAUCAUCAUCUAAUUAUUGACUAAAUUGUAUCCUAAACAAACUGAUUAACUUUUAAAAAAACCAAAGAUCUCACUUACAAGCUUCUCUUUGAAAAAUUUCAAUCAAUUUCAAUAGUUUUUGUUUCAAAAAGUAAAUUACCCGAACAUAUGUAAUCCCGAAGAUUUAAUUCCAAAAACCAAUUGUAAAUUAAUGAUGGAAAAACUCACAUCAGCCGAUAUUCCAUCUCAGAAUUUAUUUUAGAUUAAACAGUUAAUCGUAUUAAGUGUAAAA